AUGUUACGGCAAAUACCCUCCCUCCAGCGCACAGCGCCACGCCUCCUCACCCUCUCUCGACCUACGGUCCUCAGCCCAUCCACCCUCUCAUCACGAUCACUCACAACUGCCACAUCCUCCGCCGAAGCCACCGCUCCCACCCCCUCACCAGCCGAAUCCCCCUCCUCACCUCUGCCAACACCUCCCCGCCAACUCAGCUACCUCGUGUCGCGGACGCCCUCCAACAACCUCUCCGUCUAUAACCUCGCCAAGUCAGGCGGCACGCAGAAGCUGACGACGGUCAAGAAGAUUGCGGGGGACGCGCGCGCGCUACGCCGCGAAAUGGUGGCCGAGCUGGGCUUCCCGAUGGAGGAGGUCAACAUCAACCCCGUGACGGGACACAUCAAUGUCAAGGGCUGGCACCAGGAGAAGAUACGAGCAUGGCUGGAGGCGCGAGGAUUCUAA